AUGAACAACAUAAAAAAUACCAACAAUAAAAUUAGAGCUAAAAUAGUAGAAGAUCUCUCUAAUAAUAUUUCUGAGAUAAAGGAAGCUAUUUUAUCUAUAGACAAUGAAAUAACACAGAGUGAAGAAAUAAUUACUAGUUCAAUAAACUUGCUUUAUAGAAAUUGUAAUUCCAAAUAA